AUGGCCAAACGCAAGAGACAAGCCGUCGCACAGAGCGAGCCCGCUUCUGAGCCUUCCGUCAUCACGAAGAAGGUCAAGGGCUCCAAGGUUCUCAAGGAAAAGCCCGUCAAGGAAAAGGCUUCCGCGCCUGCGAAGAAGACUACAACCACCAAGACCGCCUCGAAUGCGCCCGAGACAAUUCAAAUCGUUGUCGGCUCCUACGAUCGAAUCCUUCACGGAUUGGUAGUGACAGUUGGAGGCAAGGAGAAGGCCGAGUUCGCGGACUCGUUUUUGUUUAACGCCCAUACUUCAGCUAUCCGUUGCGUUGCUGUAUCGCCCAUUUCAGCGCCCGUCCCUGGACAGACACAAAAGGUCAUGCUUGCUUCUGGUGCCACUGAUGAGCGCGUGAAUGUUUACAACCUAUCUGCGCAUCCCCCAAGCCGAAAGAACCAGGACCUUAUGGCCAAGGUGGCACCACGACCGAUUCUCGAGAACUCCAAGAAUCGAGAGGUCGGCACGCUGCUUCACCACUCUUCAACGGUCACAUCUCUUUGCUUCCCUACAAGGUCGAAGCUGCUAUCGUCAAGUGAAGAUUCUACGAUUGCGGUCACACGAACCCGAGACUGGUCACUGCUUAGCAACAUCAAGGCACCUAUCGCCAAACCCAUGGGCCGCCCCAGUGGUGAUACAGCGCCUUUUGGAGGUACACCGUCUGGUGUCAACGACUUUGCCAUCCACCCCAGCAUGAAGCUUAUGAUUACUGUCAGCAAGGGCGAGCGUUCAAUGCGAUUAUGGAACUUGGUCACUGGCAAGAAGGCUGGAGUGCUGAACUUCGGCAGGGAGAUCCUGCAGGAGGCUGGUGAAGGAAAGCACUCUACUGGCGAGGGACGAAGAGUUGUUUGGGGAAGCGUUGAUGGAGCGGAUGAAUUCGCUAUUGGAUUUGACCGGGAUAUUAUUGCAUUUGGCAUGGACAGUGUGCCCAAGUGCAGAAUUAUGGGAUCAAUCCGAACAAAGGUGCAUCAAUUCUUUUAUGUUGCAUUGGACAAAGAGGGGGAUACCAACCUUUUGGCCGUUGCCACUGAGGACGGCAGAAUUCUGUUUUUCUCUACCAAGGAAUCGGACCUCACAAAACCCGACUCGGAGGACAAGAAGCUUCCAACGGCCAAAUUGGUGGGUCAGCUCGGCGGCAAGUCAGACGGAGUUCAGGGCCGCAUCAAGGAUUUUGUGGUGGUGCCGAGUGCGGAGGACGCCUCGACGCUGUACGUGGCUGGUGGAAGCAGUGAUGGACGGGUCCGUUUGUGGCGAGUGGGAGUGUCGGAGUUGCAGGGUGACAGCAAGAAUGAGGUUGAGGCCAAGGGGGAAUUGUUGGGGACAUAUGAAACGCAAAACAGGAUCACCUGCAUGACGGGAUUUAUGAUGAUACCCCGGCCUGAUGGCGUUGAGGAUAGCGAUGAUGAGCUGGAUGAUGAGGACGAGGAUGAGGGAAGCGAUAGCGAAGAGGAUUAA